GUGGCCCCUACCGCCGUCGGGCUUUUAGUGCGGCGUCUCAGCUGGUGGCAGAACAUUGUUGGCAACGUCAGCCACCACGGUCAGUUCCUCGCGGCCUUUUUUGGAAGAUGUGAGUUUGAGAAGCAGGCGGCCAAAAGCAACCGCCCCGUCUCAGUCUCGACCCUCAACGAGCAGGGCGAGAUCGACGCGCGCGCCCACCCUUGGGCGCGCCAGCUCUCGAGUGACCUCGAGUGCCUCAUCUCGCAU